CUAGGCCUUAAAUAGCUGGUGCUGUGAUAGCGAAGUCUUCAAGUCUUUGAUCCCACAUUAAGCUUUCUACUAUAGUGGUUGAGAUGGGGUGGUGCGAAGAGUGGAAGCCAACUCUUGCAAUGCUGGGCGUCGCUGUGUCGCUCGCUGCCAUGAACACCAUGAUCAAGAGUGUCAUUGAUGAGGGGAUGAACAGGCUCGUCCUCAUCACUCUCCGCCAAUUGGUUGCUACUUUGUUCAUGGCUCCCAUCGCCCACUUUCGAGAAAGGAAGACUAGACCAAAGCUCACAGUUGAAAGCUUUGUGUAUCUUUUCUUCAGUGCGUUGUUCGGGGCUUCUCUCACGCAGUAUCUCUUCUUCUUAGGUUUGAAAUACACUACAGCAACGUUCGCAUGCGCUUUUCUUAACAUGGCUCCUGUGUUCACCUUCCUGCUGGCCUUGCCCUUCCGUUUGGAGACACUAGAUGUGAAGACCAGAGCAGGGACUGCAAAGUUGCUUGGGGCAAUCAUAUGUCUUAGUGGAGCAAUGCUCCUCACUUUUUAUAAAGGUGUGGCCUUAACCAACACUUCCCACCAGCCAGUGGCAUCAGAGCAACAAGAGGGACACAGUACUGCAGGCUACAGCACAAAGAAGUGGAUCAUGGGUUCAAUUGCCUAUCUUGCUGGUUGUCUUACUUGGUCUUCAUGGUUCCUCAUCCAAUCCAAAGUUGCUAAGAAGUAUCCAUCACUCUACUCUGGCACUGCCCUUAUAUUUUUCCUUAGCUUCCUUCAAGCAGCAGUAUUGACUUUAGCCACAGAGAGGAGCUUCUCUGUGUGGGCUUUGCAAAGGAAGCUGGAGAUCAUUACCGUAAUCGUCGCAGGAAUAGCAGGAUCCGGAUUUGGCUUCUUGGCAAUGUCAUGGUGUGUGGAGAAGAGAGGCCCAGUCUUUACUGCUGCAUUCACUCCUCUCGUACAAAUUAUUGUGGCUGGCAUUGACUUCUCCAUCCUCCACGAACCCCUUUACCUUGGAAGUGUUUUGGGGUCUGUUCUUGUGAUUGCUGGCCUUUAUUUUCUUCUGUGGGGGAAAGAGCAAGGAGGCCAGUAGUUCUGCAGGGAAGACAGUAGAAGAAAAUGGCGAAGGCCAGUAGUUCUCAUUUGAAGCGCAAGGCAAGUGUUUUUUAGAUUUAAGUUACAGGGGCCCUUAUGGUAUCUCAUAAACAUUCCAAACUAUUGGCUCUAUACUCUGCUAUCAUCUCACAUGUGCACUCUAGUCUAUGCCUCCUCUUUCUCUCUCUCAGUUUGGGUGUGAGGGAUGGUUGGCCUUCUCCCAAAAUAAGCCUAAAACCACUUCAAAAUAGGAGCUGUUUUUGUGAGAUCAGAACCACAUAUCUUUAGUGCAACUUUGCUCACUCCUA